AUGUAUAGGCGCAAAACUUCCUUAAUAGCACAAUGUAAGGCACGACAACCUUUCAGUACCUAUGAUCAAGAUAACGACAAUGACGCAAUCAGGAACUGUGCAGCAGAGCACGGAGGUGGAUAUUGGUACAAUGCUUGUGGAAGAUGCAACCCAACCGGUCCAUUAACCCAACCCUUGUCAGUUGUCUUAUGA